CUGCCGGUAUAAAUACAGGCUCUCCGUGAGCGGCAGUCACCGCUGAUUGACACCAACCGUCGUCAUGCCCGAGCAAACCGCCAAAAGUGCGCCGAAGAAAGGCUCCAAGAAAGCCGUCAGCAAGACGGUGAGUAAGAGCGGCAAAAAGAGGAGAAAGACCCGCAAGGAGAGCUACGCCAUCUACGUGUACAAGGUCCUGAAGCAGGUCCACCCCGACACCGGCAUCUCCUCCAAGGCCAUGAGCAUCAUGAACUCCUUCGUCAGCGACAUCUUUGAGCGGAUCGCUGGAGAAGCUUCCCGCCUGGCUCAGUACAACAAACGCUCCACCAUCACUUCCAGGGAGAUCCAGACGGCUGUCCGUCUGCUGCUGCCCGGGGAGUUGGCCAAGCACGCCGUGUCCGAGGGAACCAAGGCCGUCACCAAGUACACCAGCUCCAAGUAGACUGUCCUGCUCCUCACCCCCCCCCACCACCACCAACGGUCCUUUUAAGGACCACUCCACUACUUCCAAAAGAACUACAGUACUCUAUAGUACUACAGUGAGUUAGUAUAACCUUAAGAUAAAAACAAAUCUUAGUCACAGUCUUCAUAGAACAUUAAUGUGUUGAGAGUUAUUAUGUAGAUUAUUAUAAUAUAGAUUAGAUUUAUUACUUUACAGUAACUACAGUACUUCUGUAUCUGAGUUAA